AUGGCUCAUGACAACAUUAUUACCGAUCUUGAUGUGGACGAUGAAGGUAUAGCAGAUAUGCAUAGCAUAGUCCCAUCGAGCGUCAGUCUUCGUAAAUCACUUCUUGAGUAUCGCACCGAGAAUGGUAGGACGUACCACCGAUACAAAGAUGGAAGUACGUGUUUCCAGGCUUCAGUCCCUCCUUGGAAGACUCUCUCUUACCCGGCUAUAGAAUACAACCUACCUAAUGAUGAAAAGGAACUAGACAGGCUUGAUCUACAGCACCACUUAUGGCUUCUUGCUCUAGAUGACAAACUUGGCAUGGCCCCACCUUGCAUGGAGGGUGCCCAAGUCGGUCGGGUGCUUGACGUCGGAACUGGCUCCGGCAUCUGGGUCCUCGACUUUGGUGACGAGCAUCCUGAAUCUGAGGUAUAUGGUAUCGACCUGUCUCCAACUCUUCCAAUCUACGUGCCCCCGAACGUCAAAUUUGAAGUUGACGAUGCCGAGGAAGAUUGGACUUGGUCGCGGCCCUUUUCCUACAUCCAUAGCCGGGUGAUGACAUCCAGUAUUGACGAUGGCACCCUCACACCCGAGCAUCCUUUGAUGAGAUGGUGUAGUCUUCUACUUGAGGCAUCAGAGAAGUUCGGCCGCCCCUACGUCGAUAUCCCGCCACUGAAGGACCUACUUGUGGAGGUUGGAUUUGUGGAUGUGUCGCUCAGUCUAUGCAAGUGGCCUACUAACACUUGGCCUAAAGACCUAAAGUGUAAAGAAAUUGGUAUGUGGCAUGGCGAGAACGUUUCUGGCGGCCUUGAAGGCUUCACAAUGGCGGCUUUGACGCGCGCCCUAAAAUGGACGCCCACCGAGGUUGAAGACUUUCUCGUUGAUCGUAAGCAUUCUCAGCAAUCAGAUAUGCGUUAUGAUGUUGACUCGACCCAGGUAUUGCAUCAUCGGACGCAAACCAUAUUAGUUGGUGGGUACUCGGCGCCUGAUUUCCACUAUGGCCUCUGUUUCUUCCGACUCUGA